AUGAACUUUGCUGUUGUUGCUGACUCCUAUAAUGUAUCUCGCUCAGCACGUCUCUACCUUCACGGAGAAAACUGGGAUACAAUAGCAGCAAAUGUACUGGCUAUAAAACGAAGCAGGAAAAUUGUGCCUUAUUUUUGUGUGCUCAGAGCAUCCACGAAUGGUAUAUCCGUUACGGUACAGAGUGUCUGUGCCUUGGAUUACAAUUACAAGGAUUUUGAUCGGAGAUUUUCGCAGCCAAAUGAAACCAACUAUGUGGGCUUGAAGAGCAGAUAUCCAUCACUCACAACGCUAAUCGACGAAUACAUGGAUGCAUACAGAGAACAGGACCGGAAAUUCCGCAGCGGCGAAAUCUCUCUUGAUGCUUGGCUCUCAGUGGAACGGACAAGCGAAGAGCGCAGAAAGUUGGCUCGUGCUUUCCAGGCUAAAGCAAACAUCGCGCAUGUUCACUUCGAUUGGGCUUCCGAAAACUUUUUACUCGAUUAG